AUGAAGGGGCCAGGUGGAGAUGCAGCGUGCGAGGGCCGAUGUCCCUGCGGAGGAGCCCCGCGGCCCCUGUCGCUGCUGGUGCAGGCUGCGGUGCUGGCUGCGGCCCGGGCCCUGGGCACCCUGCCUGUCUUCCUGCCCUGCGAGCUGCAGCCCCACGGCCUGGUGAACUGCGACUGGCUGUACCUGAAGUCCGUACCCCGCUUCUCGGCAGCAGCGCCCCAUGGCAACGUCACUAGCCUUUCCUUGGCCUCCAACCGCAUCCACCAGCUGCGCGAUGCCGACUUCGCCCAGCUGUCCAGCCUGCGGCGUCUCAGCCUCCAGUGGAACUGCCCGCCAGUCAGCCUCAGCCCCAUGCGCUUCUCCUGCCACAUGACCAUCGAGCCCAACACCUUCCUGGCCGUGCCCACCCUGGAGGACCUGAAUCUGAGCUACAAUGCCAUCACUACGGUGCCCGCCCUGCCCAGCGCCCUCGUGAAGCUGUCCCUGAGCCACACCAACAUCGUGGUACUGGACCUCACCAGGUUUGCUGGCCUGGACGCGCUCCGCUCCCUGAUCCUGGACGGCAACUGCUACUACAAGAACCCCUGUGGGAAGGCCCCGGAGGUGGUCUCGGGGCCCCUGCAUGGCCUGGGCAACCUCACCCACCUGUCGCUCAAGUACAACAACCUCACGCAGGUGCCCCGCGAGCUGCCGCCCAGCCUGGAGUUCCUGCUUUUGUCCUACAACCGCAUUGUGCAACUGGAGCCGCGGGACCUGGCCGGGCUGAGGGCCCUGCGCGUGCUCGACGUGGGUGGGAACUGCCGGCGCUGUGACCACGCCCGCAACCCCUGUGAGGAGUGCCCCCGCCGCUCCCUCUCUCUGCACCCCGACACCUUCAGCCACCUGAGCCGUCUGGAAGGCCUGAUGCUGAGGGACAGCUCCCUGCACACGCUGGACCCCAGAUGGUUCCGCGGUCUGGGCAACCUCACCACGCUGGACCUGAGCGAGAACUACCUGUACUUCUGCAUCACGGACACCACGGCCUUCCAGGGCCUGGCCCGGCUGCGCCGGCUCGACCUGUCCUUCAACUACCACAAGAAGGCGUCCUUUGCCCAGCUGCGGCUGGCGCCGUCGUUUGGGAGCCUGCUGUCCCUGCAGGAGCUGGACAUGCACGGCAUCUUCUUCCGCUCGCUCGGCGAGGGCUCGCUCCAGCCGCUGCUCCGCCUGCCCCAGCUCCGGAAGCUGCACCUGCAAGCCAACUUCAUCACCCAGGCCUGGCUCGGCGUCUUCGGGGCCUUCCAGGGCCUGAGCUUCGUGGACCUGUCAGACAACCGCAUCAGUGGGGCUUCCGGGCUGGCGGCCACCACGGGGGAGACAGGUGGCACGCAGCAGGUCUGGCUGCCGUCCGCGGACUGGGCUCCAGUCGCCAGAGGUGGCCGCGGCUCUGAGGACUUCAUGCCCCACUGUAGCAGCCUCAACUUCACCUUGGACCUGUCCCGUAACAACCUGGUGACGAUCCAGCCGGAGGUGUUCGCAGGGCUCUCGAACCUCCAGUGCCUGCGCCUGAGCCACAACAGCAUCGCGCAGGUAGUCAACGGCUCGCAGUUCCUGCCGCUGACCAGCCUUCGGGUGCUGGACCUGUCCCACAACAAGGUGGACCUGUACCACGGGCGCUCAUUCACGGAGCUGCCACGCCUGGAGGCCCUGGACCUCAGCCACAACAGGCAGCCCUUCAGCAUGCGGGGCGUGGGCCACAACCUCAGCUUCGUGGCCCAGCUGCCCACCCUGCGCUACCUGAGCCUGGCCCACAACGGCAUCAGCGGCCGUGUGUCCCCGCGGCUCUACAGCACCUCGCUGCGGGCGCUGGACUUCAGCGGCAACAUCCUCAGCCGGAUGUGGGCCGAGGGAGACCUCUACCUGCACUUCUUCCGAGGCCUGAGGGGCCUGCUCCGGCUGGACCUGUCCCAGAAUCACCUGCACACCCUCCUGCCCAGAUGGCUGGGCAGCCUCCCCAAGAGCCUGCGCCUGCUGCGGCUCCGAGACAACUCCCUGGGCUUCUUCAACUGGACGGCGCUGGCCCUCCUGCCCAACCUGGAAGCUCUGGACCUGGCAGGAAACCACCUGAAGCUGCUGGCCAACGGCAGCCUGCCCAACGGCACCCGGCUGCAGAGGCUGGACCUCAGCUGCAACAGAAUCCGCUCGGUGGCCCCCGGCUUCUUUGCCCUGGCCGUGGAGCUGCGACAGCUGAACCUCAGCAACAACGCCCUCCAGACCAUCCACUCGUCCUGGUUCGGGCCCCUGGCAGGUGCCCUGCAGCUGCUGGACGUGAGUGCCAACCCUCUGCACUGCACGUGUGGCGCGGCCUUCCUGGACUUCCUGCUGGAGGUGCAGGCCGCCGUGCCCGGGCUGCCCAGUGCUGUGCAGUGUGGCAGCCCGCGCCAGCUGCAGGGCCUCAGCAUCUUUGCUCAGGACUUGCGCUUCUGCAAGGAUGAGGCCCUCUCACGGGCCUGCUUUGGCUUCUCACUGCUGGCAGUGGCCCUGGGCCUGGCCGUGCCCAUGCUGCACCACCUCUGUGGAUGGGACGUCUGGUACUGCUUCUACCUGGUGCUGGCCUGGCUCCCCUGGCGGCGACAGUGGGCUGUGGACGCCCUGCCCUACGAUGCCUUCGUGGUCUUCGACAAGGCAGAAAGCACUGUGGCCGACUGGGUGUACAACGAGCUGCGGGGGCAGCUGGAGGAGCGCCGUGGGCGCCGGGCGCUGCGCCUGUGCCUGGAGGAGCGGGACUGGCUGCCUGGCCAGUCGCUCAUCGAGAACCUGUGGGCCUCAGUCUACGGCAGCCGCAAGACACUGUUUGUGCUGGCCCACAGCGACCGGCUCAGUGGCAUCUUGCGUGCCAGCUUCCUGCUGGCCCAGCAGCGCCUGCUGGAGGAGCGCAAGGAUGUGGUGGUGCUGGUGCUGCUGCACCCGCCUGCCCACCGCUCCCGCUACGUGCGGCUGCGCCAGCGCCUCUGCCGCCGCAGCGUCCUCCUCUGGCCCCGCCAGCCCAGCGGCCAGGGCAGCUUCUGGGCCCAGCUGGGCACGGCCCUGACCAGGGACAACAGCCAUUUCUAUAACCGGAACUUCUACCGGGGGCCCACGGCUGAAUAG